AUGCCUGCGCACCCCGAUUCUGAUAUCUACCCAGAGGCCAGUGGCCCUGCCAAAGUGCUGGUCGACAAGCACCGCGCCGAGCAGCCGCUGAAGCUGUAUGCGGGGUGGUUUUGUCCAUUCGUCCAACGCGUCUGGCUCGUCCUAGAAGAAAAGCAAAUUCCAUACGAAUACAUCGAAGUCAAUCCAUACAACAAGCCCGAUUCGCUCCUUACUCUGAACCCCCGUGGUCUAGUCCCAACACUCUCAUGUCCAACAGAGCCAAAUCCACAACCACUCUACGAAUCAAAUGUGAUACUCCAAUACCUUGAAGAAGCCUACCCAAACCAUGGCCCAAGUUUCCUCCCAGAAGACCCUUACUCACGGGCUCGAGUCCGCAUCUGGAUCGACUACGUGACAUCCCGAAUAAUUCCCUCCUUCCACCGCUUUCUGCAGUACCAAGUGCCAUCUGGAACUGGUACUUCUCCAUCCCAAGAUGCAGGGCUAUCGCAAGUUCGAACAGAAUUCCUCAACCACCUAAAAGCCUGGACGAAAGAAAUGCAUCCGGACGGGCCAUUCUUCUUAGGUUCUGAGAUUAGUCUCCCCGAUCUUGUGCUCGCGCCGUGGGCGGUACGAUUGUGGGUAUUUGAUGAGUUUAAGCACGGGCUGGGAAUUCCGCUGGAUGGAAAUGGGGGCGAGGAUGAGGCUGUUUGGCAGCGAGCUGGCUAA